GGGUGGCGGUAGGCUAAGGAGGAAGCACAGACCCACGACGCGCCUCUGCAUGACGGCCCGCCAUGGCUGAAGGAGGCCCGGACGCGGGCUCCGCGCCCCCCACCCUUUCUAUGUCCUCCCUGCCCCUGGCAGCGCUCAACGUGCGAGUGCGGCGCCGCCUGUCGCUCUUCCUAAACUUGCGGGCGCAUGUGGCGGCCGACUGGACCGCGCUGGCGGAGGAGAUGGGCUUCGAGUACUUGGAGAUCCGGCGGCUGGAGACGCAUGCCGACCCCACGGGCAGCCUGCUGGACGACUGGCAGGGACGACCCGGCGCCUCGGUGGGCCGCCUGCUCGAGCUGCUCGGCAAGCUGGGCCGCGACGACUUGCUGAUGGAACUGGGACCCAGCAUCGAGGAGGAUUGCCAAAAGUAUAUUCUGAAGCAGCAGCAGGAGGCAUCUGAGAAGCCUUUACAGGUGGACUCUGUAGACAGCAGCAUCCCUCGGACGAGAGAUCCGGCGGGCAUCACCAUUUGCGAUGACCCCCUGGGGCAAAUGCCUGAGCGUUUUGAUGCCUUCAUCUGCUACUGCCCCAGCGAUAUCCAGUUUGUACAGGAGAUGAUCCGGGAGCUGGAACAGACAAACCAUCGGCUGAAGUUGUGUGUGUCUGACCGCGACGUCCUGCCUGGCACCUGCGUCUGGUCCAUUGCCAGUGAACUCAUUGAAAAGAGAUGCCGUCGGAUGGUGGUGGUUGUCUCUGAUGAUUACUUGCAAAGCAAGGAAUGUGACUUCCAGACUAAGUUUGCACUCAGCCUCUCUCCAGGUGCCCAUCAGAAGCGACUGAUCCCCAUCAAGUACAAGUCAAUGAAGAAAGAGUUCCCCAGCAUCCUGCGGUUCAUCACUGUCUGCGACUACACCAACCCCUGCACCAAGUCCUGGUUCUGGACUCGCCUCGCCAAGGCCCUGUCCCUGCCCUGAAUGGCCCUGAGCCCCUGGGUGUGUGUGCAUCUGUCUGCCUGUACGUGUACUUCGACCCCUGCCUCCACCUGCAGUUGUACGGGGAAUCUGUGCUCCUCUGGCCUCUUGAUUCCUGGACAUGCCAACUCCACAGACACAGCUGCAGCCAUUGUCCAUAUCUGGACAUCACAUCUCAUGUCCUGCAUAGAACAUGUGGCUGCAAGUGGCAUGCCCACUUGCUGUUAUCAGCCAGGACAGUAAAAACCAGAGCGAGCUGGGACUAAGAGGAAGACCAGAAGAGCCAUCUCUGACCCAUCCACACAUCUUAGGCCUCAGUUUCUCCACCUGAGAACUAAGUAGGGUGAGGAGAACAGGCAGUAGCUGUGUUCAAAUGAUUGUGGGAAACGGUGAAGCACUGUUCUGAGUCUCCUGGGGACAGGAGACAGACCUUGGCUGAGAGAGAGCUAGCUGCCUGGUCAACGUGCUGGCCACUGCUGGGACCAUGGUACUGCUGGGGCAGCUGCUUCCACAGUGGCGCCUACGGAUGCUUUCCCACCUCACAUCCUACUUCCUCCUGCCCCGGGGGACAGAUGGGGAAGCAGCCUGGCCUAGCAUAGGGAGGUCCUACAUUGAGCCCGAUUCCCCAAGGGUCCACCUCUCAUCUGCCUCUUUGAUUCCUCCCAGCCUCUGUGCACCUUCCCUGUGAUAAGUCCCCAAGAGACUGCCCUGAGCGUCUGGGGCUGCUUUUCACUUCCACCUAUCGAGUGCCUGUGGUCCUGCUCUCAGCUCUGCCCUGCAUGAGAUGGGAUCCCGUCUUCUGGCAUCUCCAUCAAGUUUGGGUUCUGGAGCUAGGUCACCAUGGUGGUGCGAGCAGGAAGCCUUCCUCCCUGGGCCACCACAGAGAACUUUCCCACCAAUCUUCUGUACUUAAUUGCCUUACAAAGUUAUUUGCUGGGACUAGUUUACAAACAGGGACCACACAAGAGCCUCUUGCCCCAAAGCUUGUAGGCACAUGGACACAUACAAGCUUACACACAGAGACAUAUAUACGUGCACAGGCGCCCUCAUGCACACACAUACAGGCAUCUUCAUGCACACAUUUCCCUGGGUACAGCUGCCAGGAACAGCUGGGUGGGACAGUCCCACCACAGAGGGGGCCUAACCCUGGACUAAGAUGGGACAAUCUUGUAUUCUUUUUCUCUUUCCCUCUUCAUUGGAACCAGACUCUGGAAAGGACCCAUUAUGCCAGCAUUUAUGCCUUCAGUGAAGCACAGAGCAAGGAAAGAGCUGCUUGAACUCACAGAGCAAGUUAGCUGUGACAGCUGUUUUUCCCUCCUUGGGCGAUUUGUACGUUGGUUUCCCUUAAGCUCUCCUUCAAGGAGAAAAUGUCUUGGUCUCAAGGUCUCUGUGCCAGGAUAGGACCCAGGACCCUAAAUCUAAUAGCAAAUGUAUGCCUUCUCUGCUCCACUUCCAGCAAGGGCUGGGGCAAACCAAGUACCUUCCCUCAGGGUCUCAAGAGGGACUGGAGGCCCCUCUCUGCAUGAUCUUGAUGAAGUACUUAGCUACUAGGUACCUAUCCCCACUUUGAUACUGCGAAGUAUUUUAAAACUCUUUCAAGAAAGUAUCUUUCAGGGACUUCCCUGACAGUCAGUGGUUAAGACUUUGCCUUCCAGUGCAGGGGGUGUGGGUUCGAUCCCUGGCUGGGGAGCUAAGAUCCCACGUGCCUCAGGGCCAAAAAACCAAAACAUGAAACAGAAGCAAUAUUGUAACAAACUCAAUAAAGACAAAAAAAAAAAUUCACAACUUAAAAAAAAAUACAUCUUUCACACCUGUUUGUAUUCAUUGUGAGAAUUUCAAAGAGAGCUAAGAAAUGCCUCAGUUUGUAAUUUCCCCUUCUGUAUCCUAGGUUUAUAAUAAAGAGUUCUCUACUUUGGGA